UCCCUUGUAGCCCAUACAGACAACUACAAUGACCAGCGUGCCCCGCGCUCCAUGCCCCCCUUCUCUUUCAGCCUCAGACGCCCAGGAGGCUCCAAGCAUCUGCUGACUGGAAACGGAUAUGGCGGCCACUCUGGGCAGCGGGGAGCGCUGGACCGAAGCUUACAUUGAUGCAGUUAGAAGAAACAAAUACCCAGAAGACAAACCUCCUGAGAGUCAUGACCCCUGUGGUUGCUGUAACUGCAUGAAGGCACAGAAGGAAAAGAAGUGCGAGAAUGAGUGGAAUCAGAACCGACAGGGUGAAGGGAGCUCCACUUAUACUGAGGAACAACUGCUUGGGGUACAAAGGAUCAAGAAAUGCAGAAAUUACUAUGAAAUUCUGGGAGUUUCUCGAAAUGCCAGUGACGAAGAGCUUAAGAAAGCUUAUAGAAAACUUGCUCUGAAAUUUCACCCUGACAAGAACUGUGCUCCAGGAGCAACAGAUGCUUUCAAAGCAAUAGGAAAUGCCUUUGCGGUUCUGAGCAAUCCUGAUAAGAGACUCCGCUAUGAUGAAUAUGGAGAUGAACAGGUGACUUUCACUGCACCUCAAGCCAGACCUUAUAAUUAUUACAGGGACUUUGAAGCUGACAUCACUCCAGAAGAGCUAUUCAAUGUCUUCUUUGGAGGCCAUUUUCCUACAGGAAAUAUUCAUAUGUUUUCAAAUGUGACAGAUGACACUCACUAUUAUCGACGGCGGCAUCGACAUGAGAAAACACAGACACGGAAAGAAGAGGAAGACGAUAAACCUCAGACCACGUAUUCUGCAUUUAUUCAGUUACUUCCAGUUCUUGUGAUUGUGAUUGUAUCUGUCAUUACUCAGCUGCUGGCUGCUAAUCCUCCAUAUAGUCUAUUCUAUAAAUCGACCUUGGGCUACACCAUUUCCAGAGAAACUCAGAACCUGCAGGUGCCUUACUUCGUGGAUAAAAACUUUGACAAGGCCUAUAGAGGGGCUUCUUUGCAUGACCUGGAGAAGACGAUAGAGAAGGAUUACAUCGAUUACAUCCAGACAAGUUGUUGGAAGGAGAAACAGCAAAAAUCGGAGUUGACAAAUUUAGCAGGAUUAUACAGAGAUGAACGAUUGAAACAGAAAGCAGAGUCACUCAAACUUGAAAACUGUGAAAAACUUUCCAAACUUAUUGGCCUCCGCAGAGGUGGUUGAGAGAAUGAUGGUCCAGGGCAGGGUUGGGGUUUUGUUACUUGUUACUAUUUAUGUUCCCAAUUCCAUUUUAUAAUACAAAAUUAGGAAAUGACAAACAUUUUACAAUUUACUAACUUUGUUUACUGAGCAGAAUUAAGAGCUUGAGCAUGGAGCCAGACUUGUCAUCACAGAUUCCUUCCCAGGGAGUGGCUCCCAGGAUAGGAACAUUCCUAAGUGACAUGAAUGGCAAAGUGUUUCACUGAGCCCCCUUGCGCCAGGCCAACCCCUGCCUCUGUGAAUGUAGUUAAGGGCAUCCCAGAGAAGAUCUACAUUUUUUCCCUUCCCUUCUUCAGUGAAUUUUCAAUACCUAGGUACCCCUGGACUUAUCCAAAGCAGCUUUAUAUUACUUACAAUGUCUGAAAAAUUAUACCUCUCCUUGCAUUAGAGUCAUCAUCUCCCCUAAGAUUCAGCCUUCGGAACUUGUUCCUGUUCAACUUUCCAUUUUCUAAGGGGAAUAUGGAGACAUUUAAACUAUUUAACCAAUAGUUAUUUGUUAUCCUAGUCUGUGUUCAGUCAGGGGCAUUAGCAAACUGACUGAUUCGAGGUUCUUUUAUUUUCCUUACUCCUCCCUCCCGUAGAGGGGCCAGAAAUUAGAAACUGUUGAGCUGUGAUACAGUUCCACUGACAACUCAGCAGCAGGAAGCAAGGACUGAGGGAGAAGAUAAAAUGCAAGACAAAGUUUCAGCUCCUCAGCGCACAUUCUCAAGUAUAUCACAGAACUAGAGAAUGUUCUUUUUGUCAUUUCCCCUUGGUAUCAUCAUUUGGUAUCAUCGUUUUUGAGCCAAGUCCCUACACCCCACAGAGGAACAGUGAUCAGACCUAAGAGGAGGCAUUCCAGCCAGGCUAUGGCUCAUGCCUAGAGACGGAAGGGGAAGAUUGCCUCUGUGUCCAUUAGGGGCUAGCAUUGGCCCAGCAGUCAUUUUGUUUUACCCUCGAGUUUGUGGUAUAAAAUGGUUUUCAUUCAUUCAACAUUUAUUGAGUGCCUGCUAUAAAACACAGGCUCUCACAUAUAUUUUUUUAGUGAAGCUUCCUCACAACUCAGUGAAGUAGGUGUAUUAUCUCUGCUUUUAUGAAUGAGAACCUUGACCAGAGAGGAUGGUUGACCUUGGUUAUACAACUGGCAGUGGUAGAACUGGUUGGUAGGCGGAUUAUCAGUGGAAAAUGUGAGAGCUCAUCCUCAUUUCUCAGGUGAUUCAAGCCAGACUGGCAAAGCAGCAUCUUUCCCAAGGAUGCCUCUGUUGCCCACAACCCACUCCUCUGUUAUUUUUAUGGCAGUCCUGCAUUCCUGUUGUUCAUUAAAAGCAGGACCACAUGAAUAAAUUCUGUAUACAAAGUAAGAGUUUCCUUAAAGGCAGGCAGCCCUUCCCUCUGGUGACAAGGAAGAAAUAAGUCGCUGCCUAGACUAUGUGGUUCUACGCUUUUCCUGUGGAAGGGAGCGACUUGGAAUGCGCUGCCCAGAUUAUUAUGAGCCUCUGAAAUUGAAAGGACCAGGAAGAUGACCAUAGUCUACAUUCUUCCCUGGGUUUGGAAGAAGAGUUCCUAUUGAAAGGAGGGUCUACAUUAAGUCUGAGUUCCAAAGUAAAGUUUCUCCAUUCCGAUGUCUAGCACUGUUCAUAUGUGCACAUUCCAUAAGGACAGGAGAUGAGUUCUUAGGUAAAGAAUGGGGGCUUUGGGCCUGGUAUGGUAGCAUACAACUGUAAUCCCAGAGUCUUAGGAGGCUGAGACAGGAGGAUUGCAAGUUCAAAGCUAGCCUCAGCAAUUUAAGGAGGCCCUGAGCAACUUAGCAAGUCCCUGUCUCAAAAUAAAACAUAAAAAGGACUGGGGAUGUGGUUCAGUGGUAAAGUGUCCCUGGGUUCAAUCCAAGGUACCAGAAAAAAGGCAGGGGGGGGCGGGGAGGGCUGGUGACUGGUAGUGACAAAUGUUCAGUUAUAGGAAAGAGAAACAGUUCUGGAUAUAGCCAGAUUUUGCUGCCCAGCUAGGUCUAUUCUGGGUUUUGUUGGGUCUUCCUGACCUCUGAGUGACAGAGAAUUUACACUAUAAAAUUGUUUCCAUGAGUCAAACAGUCUUAUGGAAAGCUCUUACACACACAAAAAUCAAAGCUCUCCUCAACCUCUGCUAGAAAGUGAACCAUAUCUGGUCACAAUUAUGCACACCUAUAAUCCCAGCCACUCUCCAGCCUCCACCUCUGCCAGAAAAUGAGCCAUAGCUGAGUAUGGUGGUACACACCUGUAAUCCCAGUCCCUUGGGAAGCAGGCAGAUUGUAAAUUCAAGGCCAGCUUUGACAAUUUAGUGAGAUCCUGGCUCAAAAUAAAAAGGGCUGGGGGUAUAGCUCAGUAGUAGAGUGCUUGUCUAGCAUGCAUGAGGCCCUUGGUUCAAUCUCCAGUACUGCAAAAAAAGAAAAAGAAAAAAAAAAAAAACACCACAGUGGAAACAGUGAUAGGUUAAAAGGCAAAAGACCCUGCCCUAGAAAAUAUCCACAAAUAGUGUUGUCAAACAUUUUAUGGAUUUCAUGGUAGUGAUUAAUUAAAUGUGAUGCUAUAGUAGUAUUGUUUUAUUUGUUACUACUGGACCACAAUACCCACAUCUGGUUUUUCUCAAGGGAACCAUAUUUGCUUUUGGUUGACGGAUAAUUUAAUCUAUUUGGUACUAUCAAGAAUAAUGUUAAACAAAUAUCCUUGGCUGUAUUGUAGAUGGGUUGCCUGCAUGGUGGUAAAAUAAGAUUUUCCUUCUUGCCUAAAUCCUUUGGAAGAUUUUUACUGGUAUAUAAACUCUUUAGGGAAGGCUAUUCUCAUUGUUGGAACUUGGCACACAGCUCAAGACUACUUGUUGGAGGGCUACUACAGAUUGGACCCUGGUGUUGGGAGUGAGGCUAAGAAAGAGGGCUUGAAGCUCACAUAGAAAUAAGCUCUCAUUCAAGUGAAGAUGCUCUCCUGCACUGCUUGAUCAGAACUAAGGAGGGAAGAAUGAAAAUCCUUCUCACAAAGAAACUUGCAGCUUGAAGGAACCCAUGUACCCAGGUCAGUAGACCUGGAGUUCAUCUGCUCAAACCCAAAAAACUUUUAAGCUUCCUUAACAGGCCUCAUGGCUUAAGAGUGAGAAAAUAAUGUUGCACUGAGUGCAGUGGUAUAUGCCUGUAAUCCCUGUAACUUGGGAAGCUGAGACAGGAGGAUCACAAGUUCAAGGCCAGCCUCAGCAACUUAAUGAAACCUUGUAUCAAAAAAAUAAAAUUUAAAAAGGGCUGUGGAUAUAACACAGAGGCAGAAUGCUCCUGGGUUCAAUCCCCAGUACCAAAAAGAAAAAAAGAACAUUGCUGCGCUCUCUGGAAACCAUUAGAAAUUACAGUGAACUCCAGACCUCACCAGAACAUGAGAUUCAGCAGCCUGGCCAAGCUAUGUACUCCUUAUUUUUAUCCUCACACUCAGAACACUGUGAGGAAGCAUGUUGGAAUUCCAGAAGCUUUCUGUUAACAACUGGCCACACAACCAAGUCUCUGCAUGCACUGCUCCUCACAGGAGUUAGCAAUUUGCAUUUAUUUUGGACUAAUUAAGGUGUCAGCUUAGUGUCUUAAUUAUUUUUGGAGAUAGACAAGUUACUAUACAUCGUAUAUUUUGAGGCUGCAUUGUUGAUACCUUGUGCAGUGGCCACUACGUAAUUAUAUACCAUGUGUUAGGUACUGAUUACAUCAUUUGCAUCAUAUUCAGUAUGCAGAUUUAUAGAUGUGAAUGUUCUGUGACCAGAGUCAGGGAGGACACAGAUGAAAUCAGCUCCUGGUGGAGUUCAAAUCCUGAACACUCUGUUCACCUGAUCUACUGCAUCUAGAUUGAGUGUAUUUUAACAAAGAAAACAUUAAAUGAUUUUAUGUAAAAAGAA